AUGGCCGGAAUAUUGUUCCAUCUCAUCCCUUUCGAACAUGCCGCGCUAGAUUACAUAGCCAUAGUCUUUUUCGUACUGAAUGCCUUGUUGUUUCUCACCGUGCUCAGCAUGUCAAUUCUCCGCUACACUCUUUAUCCCGAAAUUUGGAAGGUCAUGAUACAAGACCCAGUUAAUUCGUUAUUCCUGGCAACUUGUCCCAUGGGUUUUGCCACCUUGAUCGAGAUGUGGGUGUUUCUUUGCGUACCUCACUGGGGAGAUUGGGCGAAGACAAUGGCCUGGGGAUUGUGGAUUGUCGAUGCGCUCGCGGCGGCGGCGGUCACUGCAUCCCUCUCAUUUAUUCUUAUAUCACAAAAUUACGUCACAUCGCUGGAGCGGAUCACCGCACUGCAACUAUUGCCGAUCGCUGCCACAAUCGUCGCGUCCGGGGUUGGGGCCGAGAUCGCGGAUAUUUUGCCUAACGCGCAGCACGCCAUGGGAACGGUGAUCGUAUCUUACGUGCUGUGGGGCAUGUCAACGCCCAUGGCCAUGAUGAUCUUAGUGAUCUAUUACCAGCGUUUGGCGGUCCACAAGCUUCCAUCGAGGGAAACCAUCGUGAGCUGUUUUCUUCCACUAGGGCCACUUGGCUUUGGAGGAUUCAGUAUCUUGUACCUAGGCAAGGUGGCUCGACAGCUCCUCGGCGAGUCUAACGUAAUCGACCCCAUGGUCGGGCACAUAGCAUAUGUCCUCGGUCUCUUGCUGUCUCUGUUGAUGUGGUCUUUCGGACUGAUUUGGCUCGUUUUCGCGCUCGCUACGAUCUACUACCGAUCACCGUUUCCUUUCAACAUGGGCUGGUGGGGAUUCACUUUCCCGCUUGGGGUAUAUGCGGCCAAUACGAUCCUGCUGGGGAAGGAAAUGGAGUUAAUAUUUUUUAAGGUUUGCGGGACGAUCCUCAGCAGCGCGAUGAUACUACUGUGGCUGGUGGUUGCCACCCGUACUGUGCACGGGGCAUGGCAUGGGGUUUUAUUCCAUGCACCGUGCUUGCAAAACUUGAAGGAAAAGAUGGAUGACAGUCAGAAUGACGCGACGAAUGAUGAAGCAUAG